GUCUAGGAAUUGAGCUGGCCAUUGCAUCCGCUCCAUACCGUGAUCCUCAAUAUAUUCUUCAGCAACCCGAACUCGGUGCAGUCGCGAUUGUCGUCCAUCAGAAGAAAUCCAGGACCAAUAGCAGCGGCAUAUGUGUUGACAUAAGGGAUCUCGUCUGGAUAUCUCUAAUCAAAGUUCCUCCAUGGAACACAUGCAGGUCAGUGAGACCACCGAGAAAUAUUCCAGCCCAAACCAUUAUCCCACCACCUCUGCAACUGUGUCUUUCCACAAUGUGGGAUUCGUUGCAUGUGAACAUUGAGGAACUCAACAACUACCUGGCUGUGUUUCGCGACCAUUUGAUGCAUGUAGCUAAGCCCCAGGACUGUCCAGAGAUUCGAGAUCGCAUCAAAGAGACCCGCAGGAAGUGCCUCGAGUUGUGUAUUUCAACCAGCGACAUACUGAUGCCGCAAGUCAGGAGUGACGUAGCUGACGGUAUUCCAGUGGACAAUCAGCAGUUAGUGAAUUUAGUGUGCUGCACGCAGCUAUUUCACCGAGAACUGAGGAAGUGUUACAGCCUUGUGGUAUCCAAUCCCAUGGAUAUGACAGCGUAUUAUGAAAAAAAGCCUCGUACAUCUGGAGUUUCUGUUCUGGAUAAACUUAUUCUCUUCAAGAUGGGUCCAAGGGAUUAUCAUAAGGAAGAACUGCAGAGUAUUGUCAG